AUAUUCAUUCUUGCUAUGUUGGGUAUAACAAUUCAGCAAAAUGUAUACUACGUUGGACUCCAUCUCAUUUCUCCAACUGUUGCCAGUGCCUUGGGCAAUGUCAUUCCUGCUUUUACUUUCUUAUUGGCAAUUGUACUGAGGAUGGAAAAGCUCAACUUGAAGACUGUAAGAGGGAGGGCCAAGCUUGCAGGGGCCAUCUUCUGCAUCACUGGUUCCCUGAUCUUCACAUUUUGGAAAGGUCAUUUUGUUGGGGGCCUUUGUUACUUCACCUAUGAUCCAACUUCAUUUCGAAAGUCCUGAGAAAGGCGAUGUCUGGCUUAAAGGCUCUGCUCUUAUGCUAUUCGGCUAUUUUGCAUGCAGUGUAUCACUUG